AUGGCAUCACAUAUUCCUUUUCCCUACCUCGCCUUCUUCUGGUGGAUCGAGCCGGUGGCGACGUUGGUGGGCGCUUAUUUCGCAUGGUUCGAGCCAGGUAGCUAUUUGCAACUACAACAUGCUGCUUCAAGCCCCGACCCAUCUGCGGUGCCUCUUGGAACAAACGUCGUCCUCAGACAACUCGGUAACAUGUACUUUGUAUUUGCCUUCAAUGAAGCUUUUGUUUUGAGGGCCACCAAAGAUCUCAGAGUCUGGCGUGUUUUCCUCCUGGGGCUUCUCAUCGCAGAUUUCGGCCAUUUAUACAGCUGCUAUCCCCUCGGCCUGGAAUCCUACUUGGAUGUUUCUAAGUGGAAUGCUAUUGACUACGGCAACUAUCUGUUUGUCGUUAUUGGAGCAACGACACGAAUUUUGUUCAUAUCCGGACUUGGUAUCACGGAAACACAAACACCUUCCAUCAGAGCCAAGAAACCCCUCAACAUGCCCAAACACGAGUGA